CAGGGAGAGCAAAAGGGGGUUCUCUAGGGUUUCUCUCUCUAUCCGGAGCAGAGUGCUGGCACUCGUGACUGUGAUAAGAGGCCACACCUCCAUUUCGUCCUCGCACUUCUCUUCUUCGCCCCUCUCGUUGUUGCAGGGGAGCAUCCGGAUCAGCAAUCAUGGGGAAAACUCGUGGUAUGGGAGCGGGUCGCAAGCUGAAAACCCAUAGGAGGAAGCAGAAGUGGGCCGACAAGUCAUACAAAAAGAGCCAUCUGGGAAAUGAAUGGAAAAAGCCUUUUGCCGGUUCUUCACAUGCCAAGGGGAUUGUUUUGGAGAAAAUUGGGAUUGAAGCCAAGCAGCCUAACUCUGCCAUUCGAAAGUGUGCUCGAGUUCAGUUGAUCAAGAAUGGGAAGAAGAUUGCUGCCUUUGUUCCUAAUGAUGGUUGCUUGAACUACAUCGAGGAAAACGAUGAAGUAUUGAUUGCGGGAUUUGGACGGAAAGGACAUGCCGUGGGAGAUAUUCCUGGUGUCCGAUUCAAGGUGGUGAAAGUGUCUGGUGUGUCUUUGUUGGCCCUCUUCAAGGAGAAGAAGGAGAAGCCGAGGUCUUGAGGUGAUCUCCUUUGUUUCUGCAUACUUGAAGCAGUCUGGAUGUCUUGAGAAGUGAGCUUUUUUGCAGGUCUUCCUUAAAGAAAAGAAAAAGAAACUCUUCUUUGACUGGGAUUCUUGCUUCUGCAAAAUCUAAUACUUACAAUCUUCUAGUUGA